UUGCCCUGAAUGCUUGAAGCAAACAAGUUAUUUAAGUAAUAAUACUCCGAGGAAGGCUCAGAAAGCUUUUAUUUUUCCUGGAUCGGGGAACCUGAACACAUAACUUCUCUCAUAAACCCGGGAUGUUUCAUGUGGUAAUGCUUUGCUCAAUCCCUGCCAUGAAGUCUUUAACUUUAUUAUUUGGAAUAGGGAGUGUGGAAAAUGUUCAACUUAAGUGAAAACGUGGGUAUAGUGUGUCCAAAUCUCGGUUAGAAGAGCACUUAACCGAGCGAAAGUGCAAAUACGUCCAGACGUAUGAUUUUAACUGAAAGUAAAAGUUUAAUAACAGGCAUUUUUUCCCCCCAUUUUGUUCAAUUGCAUAAGCGAUCACAUAACGAUGUUAUGUUAAGACAGUUGAAGUUAGAAGCAAUGAGAAAUGAUGAGGAGAGAAAUGGAGGGAUGAAGAAAAGGAGAGGAAAGAAGGAACAGAAAGAAGGGAGGACAGAAAGAAGGAGAAAUUUUGGAGGGGGGAAAAAACAAAUUAAAAACGAUGGAAGGAAUAAAAGGAAAGGGAAACACAGGAAGGAAGGAAUGAAGGAAGGAAGGAAGUACACAAAAAUGAAAAUGAAAAGAAAAAACAAAGGGAAAAGGGAGAGGAAAAGAAGGCAAGAAGAGAAGGAAGGAAGGAAAAAAACAGGAAAAACAUAAGAAAAGAUGUAAGGGAAAAGGGAAAGGAAAAAGAAUACUAGAAUAGAAAGUAGGAAGGAAGGACAAAACAUGAAAAAGAAAAGAAAAAACAAAGGGAAAGGGAGAGGAAAAAGAAGGAAGGAAGAAAGGAAGGAAGGAAGGAAGGGGAAAAACAGGAAAACAUAAGAAAAAUGUAAGGGAAAAGGGCAAGGAAAAAGAAUGCUAGAAUAGAAAGUAGGAAGGAAGGAGAAAACAUGAAAAAGAAAAGAAAAACAAAGGGAAAAGGGAGAGGAAAAAGAAGGCAAGGACAGAUGGAAGGAAUGAAAGAAGGUAGAAGAGAAAAUAAAAAAGAAAAGAACAAAUUGAAGGGAAGAGAGAAAGGAAGGAGAACUCGACAGAAGAAAGGAAGGAAGGAGAAAGAAGGUAAGAAAGGUUAAAUGGAAGGAAAGGGGGAAGGAAAAAAAGAAAGCACGAACAGAAGGAAGGAGAAAACUGAACAAAAAGAAUAUUAAGGUGGAAAGAAAAAUGGAAGGGGAAAAAAAGAAGGAAGGAAGGAACCGGAAAAGGAAAAGAUGGGUUUAAAAAGACAGAAAGAACAGAAGGAAAGAAGAAGAAAACUGAAAAAGAAAAGAAAAGAGCUCCAUAACUGCUCACACCACUGAAUCCAUGCGUUCAGAAGCUUGAGGCUAUAUGUUUGUGGGCGGGGUUUGGAUUUUCCCUUUGAUUAUGAAUUCUUUUUUAAAGAAAUUAAAGGAAAUCUAGAAAACAUUUCUAAUCAUGUGUUUAUUUGUAUGACUUUUACAUGGUUAAAGCAAUGAACUGCUAGCUGGGUGAAAUUUAAAUAUCUGUCAUGAUUUCGAAGUUUUGUAAGAAAUAACAAUGAAAAUGUAUGGGGUAAAAAAAAAAGUCUUGAAAUGUAAUUAAGCAAAAGUAUGUUACAAAAUAUUGUUUAUAUAGCCUAUAUAUAUAUAUUUCCAAUUAUAACCAGAAGUAGAAGUGUUUUAAAUAACACUUAAGUAAGAUCACGAAGUAAAAAUGAAGCGUUCUCCACCUCUAUUCAGUGGGCGGAGGGAUAUCCCUGCUCUCACUGCUCGCUUUAUUGCACUGAGGCCUGAGAAGGGGCGGAGUGAUAUCUCAGUGCAGGAGAGAAGGAGUUGGAGAAACUUUCCCCAAAAGUUGCUGGAGGAGAUCGGAGUCGCACUGCGACCGCGGCCGAGCUGCACUGAGGAAAUACGGCACUGGACUAACGCCGAAAGACGCUUUAAAAAAAAAAAAAAAAAAGAAGAAGAGAGUUUCCGCGAAAGAAAAAGAGAAACCACCCCCACUCUAUGAGGCUGCUUUUUCAAAAAGUGAUCCCUGGGAACUUCAGUCUUUUUCUCGAUUUUUAAAAGGAUGUAUUAUUGUUGACGCUUUCAACAGAGGAGAUGGAUAAGAUGUCCACAAAUAUGAGGGAUUACAGAUUUUGGGUAGUGCUGUCAGUUUUGGGUCUCGUGCAGAUGUCUGAAGGACUGCACUGCUUGGACGCACAAAGACCAUGUGAAAAUGGGGGAAGGUGUAUUGACUCGAGAUGCAUGUGCCGGCCCGGGUACAUUGGACCGCUGUGCCAACACCUAGACCCAUGCCACCGCUCGCCAUGCCAUAACGGAGCCGCCUGCAAAAGUCAAGUGGCGAAUGGUAUACCGCAGUAUACCUGUGUAUGCCAGAGAGGCUUUAGAGGUCAGGACUGCUCUCUGAUUGAUGCCUGCGCCACAAGCCCAUGUGCUAACGGUGCCCGCUGCACCAACUGGAAUAACCACUACAACUGUUCGUGCCCACCCGGCUUCCAGGGCAAGAACUGCCGGAACGACAUCGACGAGUGCCGCAAGCCAGGAAAGUGCCUGAACGGAGGCAUGUGUGUGAACACACACGGCUCGUUUCGCUGCGAGUGUCUUCCUGGCUACAGCGGGCGCACGUGUGAGGUGCUUACUCAGCCCUGCGCGCCAUCUCAGUGCCUCAACGGGGGGACCUGCCAUCAAACUGGGGACCACACUUAUGAAUGCGCUUGCCUGCCAGGAUUCAGUGGCCUUAACUGUGAGGUCAAUGUGGAUGACUGUCCUGGCCACAAGUGCAUGAAUGGUGGGAUUUGUGUAGAUGGAGUCAACACCUACAACUGCCAGUGCCCACCUGAGUGGACAGGUCAGUACUGUGCCGAGGACGUAAACGAGUGCUUGAUGCAGCCGAACGCCUGCCACAACGGUGGCACGUGCUUCAACACCAAUGGCGGCCACACGUGUGUGUGUGUGAACGGAUGGACCGGCAACGACUGCAGCGAGAACAUCGACGACUGCGCCACUGCCGUGUGCUUUAACGGAGCUACGUGUCAUGACCGUGUGGCGUCUUUCUUCUGCGAGUGUCCAGUGGGCAAAACUGGUCUGCUGUGCCACCUGGAUGAUGCCUGCGUCAGUAACCCCUGCAACGAAGGUGCCGUGUGCGACACCAACCCUCUGAAUGGCCGUGCCAUCUGCACAUGUCCGGCCGGCUUUGUCGGUGGAGCGUGUAACCAGGACAUGGAUGAGUGUUCCAUCGGUGCCAACCCAUGCGAGCACUUUGGAAAGUGUGUGAAUACAGAGGGAUCGUUCCAGUGCCAGUGUGGACGUGGCUACACCGGCCCUCGCUGUGAGAUUGACAUCAACGAGUGUCUGUCCAUGCCCUGCCAGAAUGACGCCACCUGCCUCGACCGCAUCGGACAGUUCUCCUGUAUCUGCAUGCCCGGCUACGCUGGAACACACUGCGAGGUAGAUAUAGACGAGUGCGAGAGCAAUCCCUGCGUAAACGACGGCAUCUGCAGAGACCUGGUCAACGGUUUCACCUGCAAAUGCCAGCCAGGCUUCACUGGCACCAUGUGCCAGAUCGACAUUGACGAGUGUGCCAGCACACCUUGCCAGAACGGAGCCAAGUGCAUCGACAGGCCCAACGGUUACGAGUGCCGCUGUGCUGAAGGGUUCGAGGGUAGACUCUGUGAAAGCAACAUCGAUAACUGCCAGCCCGACCCGUGCCACCACGGCACCUGCAUAGACGGCAUCGCCAGCUACACCUGUAACUGCGUGCCAGGCUACACGGGCUACCGGUGUGAGAACCAACUCAAUGAGUGCCAUAGUAACCCCUGUCAAAACGGCGGCAAGUGCGUGGACCUGGUCAACAAAUACAUCUGCCAGUGCCAGCACGGGACCUCAGGCACCAAUUGUGAAAUCAACUUUGAUGACUGCGCCAGCAGCCCAUGUGACUACGGCAUCUGCAAGGACGGCAUAAACCGUUACGACUGUGUGUGCAAACCUGGCUUCACUGGUCCAAAGUGUAACGUGGAGGUGGACGAGUGCUCGUCGAACCCGUGUCGUAACGGAGGCACCUGCGUGGACGAGGAGAACGGGUUCCGCUGUCUUUGUCCUGCCGGUUUUCAUGAGCCUUACUGCUACUCUCAUGUGGACGUGUGCAGCAACAGCCCGUGCGUGCAUGGAAACUGCAGAGAAGAUCCCAACGGGUAUCGCUGUGAUUGUGAGCCUGGAUGGACGGGAAAGAACUGUGAUCUGGACCGUAACGACUGUGUGCCCAGCCCGUGUCAGAACACCGGCACCUGCAUUGACCAGCUCAACGGUUUCACCUGUAAAUGUCGUCAGGGCUUCAGAGGUAAUCUGUGUCAGGAAAACAUAAACGAGUGUGCGUCCAGCCCCUGUCUGAAUCACGGAACCUGUGUGGACGGCAUGGCGAGUUUCACCUGUCGGUGCGAGCCACCCUACAGCGGACCCACUUGUGCCGAGGAGCCAUGCGAGCCCAACCCGUGUGCCAACAACGCUGCAUGCGUUCACUCCCUCGACUACCUGGGCUUCAAGUGCACCUGCCCACCCGGAUGGCAAGGCCAGCUGUGUAACGUUGAUGUGAACGAGUGCAGCUCUAACCCAUGCAAGAACCGUGGCACCUGUACCAACACGCUCGGAGGAUACGUGUGCUCCUGCCGCAACGGCUACACGGGACCUAACUGCGAAACCGACAUCAACGACUGUCUCCCGAAUCCAUGUCUCAGCGGAGGCUCCUGCACGGACGGCAUUAACACCUUCUACUGCACCUGCCUGCCCGGCUUCACGGGGCCACGGUGCGCCAUCGAGGUAAACGAGUGCCAGAGCUCUCCCUGCAAGAACGGAGGCACUUGCACCGACUAUGUCAACAGCUACACCUGCGCCUGCAAGCCGGGUUUCACCGGCCUCCACUGCGAGACCAACAUACCCGAAUGCACCGAGAGUUCUUGCUUUAACGGUGGAACGUGUGUGGACAAGAUCAACGGCUUCUCCUGCACAUGCCGCUCGGGGUUCACCGGCGACCACUGCCAGUACGAGGUGAACGAAUGCGACUCGCAGCCCUGCCUCAACGGAGGAGCUUGUCACGAUGGCGUGAAGACGUUCCGCUGCUCCUGCUCCAAAGGAUACACCGGCAACCGCUGUCAGGUGCCCGUGGACUGGUGUAGGCGCUCGAACCCGUGCCAGAACGGUGGCCGGUGCAGACCCAAGGAUGGCUCGUUCACCUGCGACUGUGUGGGAAGCUGGUCCGGACGCUACUGUGACGUCCCGGGAGUUUCCUGCGAGGUGGCGGCUUUCCAAAGAGGUCUUCAGACGGACGAGCUUUGCGAUCAUGGCGGUCACUGUGUUAACGCAGGGAGCACACACUACUGCAAGUGUCCGGCUGAUUACACGGGCAGCUACUGCGAGAGUCAGGUGGACCACUGUGAGGACAAACCCUGCCUCAAUGGUGCCACCUGCAGGGGCUACGUCGGAGGAUACACGUGUGACUGUUUGCCAGGGUACGAUGGACAGAACUGCGAGAGGGAGAUCAACGAGUGCCGGUCUCACCCGUGUCAGAACGGAGGAACCUGCAUCGACCUGGUGGGCCACUACAUCUGCUCCUGCCCUCCUGGCACACGGGGCGUCCUGUGUGAGAUAAACGAGGACGACUGUGCCACGCCUACAUGGUCCCGUGGCACCCCGAAGUGCCAGAACAACGGCACCUGUGUAGACCGGGUGGGUGGAUACCGCUGUAACUGUCCUCCUGGGUUCACCGGAGAGCGAUGUGAAGGAGACAUCAACGAGUGCCGCUCGAACCCUUGCAACCCGGCCAACAGCCUGGACUGCAUCCAGCUGCCGAAUGAUUACCAGUGCGUCUGCAAGCCCGGAUUCACAGGUCAAGGAUGUCAGAACAGGUUCGGCGUGUGCGAUUUGCAGCCUUGCAAGAACGGCGGAGUGUGCUCGGUGUCCAGCGGCUCUCCGGUAGGAUACAGUUGCACCUGUCAGCUGGGCUACACCGGAUUGAACUGCGAACGCAGCAUGUCCUGCCGUGAGCUAUCUUGCUAUAACGGCGGUAGCUGUACGCUGACACCGCGUGGCGCACGCUGCUCGUGCCCACAAGGCUACGUGGGCACACAGUGCCAGGAGCGUGCUAACGAGAGCUGCUUGUCCAAGCCGUGUCGGAACGGUGGCGUGUGCAGAGAGGAGGUUUCCUUCCCCUUCUUCAGCUGCCAGUGUCUGCCAGGUUGGCGGGGUAAACGCUGUGAGCAGGAAUCUCGAAUGUCGGUGCCCGUCUGCCCGGUGCCCGACUGCCACGGCAAGGCCAACGACGGCGUCUGUGACAAGGAGUGCAACUCGUUCGCUUGCCACUGGGACGGAGGAGACUGCUCGCUGGCUGUAAACCCGUGGGCACACUGCGUUGACCCGCACUGCUGGCGCGUCUUCAACAACAGCCAGUGUGACGAAACGUGCAACACGGCCGAAUGCCUGUACGAUAACUUCGACUGCAGGAUCAAGGAGAAAGUCUGCAAUCCCAUCUACGAGACGUACUGCAUGGACCACUACGCCGACGGCCGCUGCGAUCAGGGCUGUAAUAACGAAGAGUGCGGCUGGGACGGUUUGGACUGCGCUAGAACUGUUCCGGAAGAUUUGGCAAAAGGUGUGCUGGUGAUCGUGGUGCUCCUGCCGCCCGACGAGCUGCUCCGCACGGGCACGGCUUUCCUGCAGAAGCUCAGCAGCAUCCUGCGCACGUCCCUCCGCUUCCGACUCGACCACAACGGAGAUGCGAUGAUCAAGCCUUACACCCGGCAAGAGGCGCGGCUCAAGCGUGAACUCCAGCCCCAUAACGAGGUCAUCGGAUCGAUCGUGUACUUGGAGAUCGAUAACCGGCUGUGCUCCCAGGACUCGGAUAAUUGUUUCCCCACGGCUGAAAGUGCAGCAGAUUACCUGGGAGCUCUUUCUGCUCGGGAAAUGCUCGGGAAGUUCCCUUAUCCGCUCAAAGAAGUCCGCAGUGAGCAGAUACAUGACCUGACCGAGGUGCCUCCAUGGGGAAAGCUGCUUCUGGUUGGCGUCGCAGUGCUCUUCCUGAUGGUCAUCAUGGUGGUGGGAAUGCUGAUUGCCAGGCGCAAACGCGAACACAGCACGCUCUGGUUCCCCGAAGGCUUCUUCCUUAAGAAGGACACCAGCAGUAACAAGAACCGCAGAGAACCUGUGGGACAGGACGCUCUGGGCAUGAAGCACAUGCCAAAGACGGUGGAAGAGUCCUUACUGGGAGACCACAGUGACCAGUGGAUAGACGCAGACUGCCCCGAGGCCAAGAGACUGAAGGUGGAGGAGCCGAGUAUUCUGUCAGACAGCGAGGACGCUGUGGACAGCAGGCAGUGGACGCAGCACCACCUGGCGGCCGCAGACAUCCGCAUGCCACCGUCCAUGGCCCUCACACCUCCGCAGGGCGAGUUCGACGGCGACUGCAUGGACGUCAACGUGCGAGGACCAGAUGGAUUCACUCCACUGAUGCUGGCUUCAUUCUGCGGUGGAGGACUCGAGCAGGAAGUGGCUGAGGAGGAUGACUCUGAGGAGUCUUCGGCUAACAUCAUAUCAGACCUUAUUUACCAGGGGGCGUCACUGGGUGCCCAGACCGACCGGACCGGAGAAACAGCUCUUCACUUGGCUGCCCGCUACGCUCGCGCCGAUGCUGCCAAACGCCUGCUGGACGCCGGAGCUGACGCCAACGCGCAGGACAACACAGGCCGCACACCUCUACACGCUGCCGUGGCUGCCGAUGCUCAGGGUGUCUUCCAGAUUCUGAUCAGGACACGGGCGACGGAUUUGGACGCACGCAUGUACGACGGCUCUACAGCUCUUAUCCUGGCUGCUCGGUUGGCGGUGGAGGGCAUGGUGGAGGAGCUGAUCACCUGCCACGCUGAUGUUAACGCUGUUGACGAGAUCGGUAAAUCUGCACUGCACUGGGCCGCAGCUGUGAAUAAUGUUGAAGCCACCAUCGCCUUGUUGAAGAACGGAGCCAAUAAAGACAUGCAAGACCUUAAGGAGGAGACGCCACUCUUCUUGGCUGCGAGGGAGGGCAGCUGUGAGGCAGUGAAGGUGCUGUUGGCCCACUUCGCCAACCGUGAGAUUACAGACCACAUGGACCGGCUGCCUCGCGACAUCGCUCAGGAGCGCAUGCACCACGACAUCGUGCAGCUGUUGGAUGAGUACAACACCGUGCGCAGCCCGCAGAGCCACGCCGGCGCAGGACACCACCUAACAGGCGGCCAUGCGCUCUCGCCACUCAUGUGUCCACCGGGCAGCUUCCUGCCUAGUCUGAAAAACACGCCGCAGGGCAAGAAGAACCGCCGGCCAGGCGCUAAAGGAAUAGGCGGACAGCACGGGAGCAGUCUGAAGGACGCCGCGAAGGCACGGAACAAGAAGCUGACACUGGACAUGCAGAGUGCACUGCUGGACAGUUCAGUGACGCUGUCGCCUGUGGACUCGCUGGACUCGCCACGUGGUGGCGCCAGUAACGCCGGCUAUGUCACUAACCCAGCGUCUCCAGCUGCUAUGCCCUCUCCGGGGAUCUUCCACUCGAUGCCCAGUACUCCAAUGGUGCACAGUGGUAUGAUGGAUGCUGGUGGUCCUUUCACGGUUUCCUUAGCCGGCUUGAACGAGCUGAGUCAAGCCACCCACACCUAUGCCCUCAACCCAGGCCAGAUGAACCUGGGCAUGGGCCUGGUGAGCCCCGUGAGCGUGCCGUUCGACUGGCACAGCCGUGCGCCACAGACCCCACAGUGCACCCAGCCUAUGGUGAACAUGGUGCACCCAGGAACACCCGGCGCUAUGCAGCCUGCCGCUGUACUCAUGCACCAGCAGCAGGUUUUCCGUAACACCCAGCAGCCGCCCAUGUUGCAGCCUACGCCAGUCUCCAGUACGCCCACCAUCAGCCCUGUCAAGCUGCCUUCCAUCGCCGAACAGCAGCAACAACAGCAGCUCCACGCUCACAGCCUUACCAACCAGCAGGCCCUGGCGAGCUUGGGUGCCUCGACGCCUCCGACCCCGCAGCCUCCUCAACCCUUCUACCAGCAACCGCAGCAGAGUCAGGCGCAAUCCCAGCAGCCACAGCAGCAGCCACCACAAACAAAAGCAGUCCCACAGAGCCAGACUGCUCCUCCACAGGUCUCCCAGGCUCCCCCAGUGCAGGCCAGUAGCAGCACCAGCAGUGCAGGUUUGGAGGAUUACCCCACUCCUCCUUCCCAACGUAGCUACACCUCCGCCAUCGACGCCACGCCCAAGCAUUACCUACACGUACCCAGCGAGCACCCCUACCUGACCCCGUCCCCCGAGUCUCCAGAGCCAUGGUCUAGCCCCUCCCCUCACUGUGUUUCCGAUUGGUCUGACUCCACCCCAAGUCCGGCAGUCUCCGCCCCUGCCUCUUCCCACACCCAAAUCCCUCACGCAUCCGAAUCCAGUGGAAAGAUGCAGGUGUUCGCAUGAGCAGAACUUCCAGGAGUGUCUCUCUCUCUUUUUUUUUUUUUUAAAUACGUCAGCCCGUUUCCAAGAUUUUAAUUGGAUUGAGGAUUGACUUGGUGUUUGUCGAUUGGACAGUCUGCCGGGUGUCGUCUGCAGAGGAAACGAGUAAAGGGAAAAUUGUGUUGUCUUAAAAACAAAAGACAAUUUAAUGAAGUAAGACGUUCUGUCACAGAUGGACUUGUAUGUAUGUGUGUAUGUGUG